AUGCCCCUUAAUUUUGUUAGGCUGCCCAUCUACCAAUCAGAAAAUAUAAGCAGAUUUGCAUUGCUUCAAAAAUGGUAUCCCUUCCCAACUGUAGCGUUUCAAUCUGUAGUAUUCCAAGAUGUAGCACUACGAAUUGUACUGCUCCAGGCUGUACAUUGUAAACCGAAAUGGCCGCCAUCAUUUGAUAUUUCACAAUGUAAAAUUUAUACGGGUUUUUCGGAGCUCGUUGUGGGCUGCUUGGUACGGAGAAUCGUCCCAAAAGUCUUUUUUAGCGUCAAAAGCACCUCUUGUUAUCAUUUCUGCUUCUGGACUAGCUCUCAGCCUCUUUUUCGAGAGAUUAGGGAGUACUUAUCUCAGCAAGCUCAGCCGACAACCAAUAUAGGGAUAGCGGUGUUUCACACCUCAGUCAACAUCUUUGCUCUUGGGAGUACUGAAACUUCGCGUCCGUUAAAGCGCGUAUUGCUUGCUUCGAAAGUCCUAAUCAACCUUACUCCCUUAAGGAUGGAGACUAUACAAGACAACAGAAAGCACCGCAGGAGCGGCUCCGCUACCUUGUUUUCAACACACCAAAUCCUGCUCGACCACUCGCCAUCUUCUGCCAACGAACAUAUUUCUCAGAGAACAAGAGCAAAGUUGGCACAAAGAGAUACUCGGCCCACUGUUCCACCUAAAGCAGAUGUUAAUAGCUAUCGCACUACCUCACCUUGUCUACUAUAUUCUGAGUCUGCACAUUCCAACAUUUCCUUUCCUAUCGCAAACCAGUCUCACAUCAAGAAGGUCAAGGGCGUUUACGAUUUGAAUAACAUCUCCUCGAGGCCACAUGGUACAUCAGUAUUUGACGAUGGCGGAGAGCCUAGGACGUUCGUCAAGCUUACAACGCCUAAAUCACUUUCGGAGCUGAAGAAGAUCAAAGGCAUCGUGCAGUCAGACGCAGAGAGGCUGGAGACCGCAAGAACGCUAUCACUGACCCAGCCCCAAUGUGUCUUUUGUUUGAUAUACUUUCAGACAGACGUUGCUCUAGGCAACCAUGUCAACAUGAAACAUCCCAAUGGUCGCACGGCUGAAUGCAACUGGAAUGACUCCGGGUGUGACAAGAGGAUUCGAGAUCCAAAACUUCUAGACAACCAUAUAAAAUACAAGCAUAAAGACACACCACUUUCCAUCUCAGGAAAUAAGCACUGGAGCGCGCCCCGGAGUCAAGGCAGUGUCCUUCGUUGUUGCAAGAAGAUGCGGAAAAUAUCAUUAAUGUUCAGUCUGCAAUCUCAGACGCAUAAUCCAAACUCUGAGAGAUUUAACAACACAUCCGAGGCUUUCACAACGCUGAGAAGAUUGCCUGCUGUGUCUGUGGUACGAAGUCUACCUAGACCACCUGGGGAGCCGAGAUACAGGUGUAAAUACGACGGAUGUUCAGCGGCAUUCCGCACCACUUACUUGGUAAACGCGCACAUAUUGUACAAUCAUCUAAAGAUUGGAAUCGAAUGCGACAUUGAUGGCUGUGGUGUCAAGUUCAAAGAAGAGAGAGUCGAGAUUGAAGAGCAUGUCCUCGCGUUGCGAAGUGCGUCGGCAGUGAAGAAGCUCUUGACCCAGAGGGAAAAGUUAAAAAAGGGCCUAUGCACCGUACUUAUGAGCUGUAAGAAUGGAGCUAUCGCCGAUGAGAGAGGAUUGAUUCCAGCGUGUGAUAAACACCUAAGACGCCAUUAUGAGCUUAAAGCAAGACAGGCACGGCACAGCGCAUUUAAAAUCAAGAGGAUUGGUUUCGGGUCCCUUGUGCAGACUCCAGAUGAAAUGGCAGCUUGUCUAUCAGCUGUUACUGUACCGCGUUGUGUGAGAAGAUUGGCACGUCAAAUUGAACGCCUGGGUAGGGUAGGGCGAGUGUUUUGCGUGGAUACGGAAUUUGCAAGAAUCCCUGGAAAGGAUGGGCGAAUGUCGAAGCUUAUUCCAGUCGAAAUUGCGGUUUACGGCCUCGACGGAAAAGUUGUGAUACUCCUUGCUAGUGUGUUCCGGAGGAUUUAUGGCCAAAGGCACGAAACAUCUGGGAUGACCAUACGGAAGAUUCAAGAUGUGCUCCUCAACGCAGACAUGAAUUUACGCGCAAUUAAUCGACGAAUAUUAGGAAUGAUACUUGAGGAGCAAACCCCGGAGAGGAAGGUUCUGCCAGGAUUUUUAACUAUGUCAUUAUCUUAUUUUCACCAUCUCCUCUAUCCCGCCUCCAUGCUUUACCAACAGGCCCAUCGAGCUGGUCCGGAUACCCUCAUGCUAAUUGAUAUGAUUAGAGCUCUUAUCAAUCUCUCUUGCCGAUGCGAAGGAUUGCAAGAAUGUAUUCACGACUUCUAG